AUGGGCAUUUUCGAAGCGGGAUUUGAAAAGCCAUCGCCAGUGCAAGAAGAAUCGAUCCCAAUGGCACUUGCAGGUAGAGAUAUAUUGGCUAGAGCCAAGAAUGGGACGGGGAAGACGGCGUCGUUCGUUAUUCCAUGUUUGCAGCAAGCCAGACCAAAAGUAAAUAAAAUCCAAGCAUUGAUCUUAGUUCCAACUAGAGAAUUGGCGUUACAAACAUCUCAAGUCGUCAGAACCUUGGGCAAACAUUUGGGCCUUCAAUGUAUGGUCACCACCGGUGGUACUUCUUUAAGAGAUGAUAUUUUGAGACUAAACGACCCAGUUCAUGUUUUAGUCGGUACCCCAGGUAGAGUCUUAGAUUUGGCUUCGAGAAAAGUGGCAGACUUAUCAGAAUGUCCAUUAUUCGUUAUGGAUGAGGCUGAUAAGAUGUUGUCGAGAGAGUUCAAAGGUAUUAUCGAGCAAAUAUUAGCUUUCUUCCCUACCACCAGACAAUCAUUAUUAUUCUCUGCAACUUUCCCCUUAGCAGUCAAAUCAUUUAUGGAUCAACAUUUGACCAAGCCAUACGAAAUUAAUUUAAUGGAUGAAUUAACCUUAAGAGGUAUUUCACAAUUCUAUGCCUUCGUCGAAGAAAAACAAAAAUUACAUUGUUUGAAUACCUUAUUCAGUAAAUUGCAAAUCAACCAAGCAAUUAUUUUCUGUAACUCCACGAAUCGUGUUGAACUUUUAGCCAAGAAGAUUACUGAAUUAGGUUACUCAUGUUACUAUUCUCACGCAAAAAUGCCUCAACAUGCUAGAAAUAAAGUGUUUCACGAAUUUAGACAAGGUAAAGUGCGUGUUUUGGUUUGUUCUGAUUUAUUGACCAGAGGUAUAGAUAUUCAGGCAGUCAAUGUUGUUAUCAAUUUCGAUUUCCCAAAGACUGCUGAAACCUACUUACAUAGAAUUGGUCGUUCUGGUAGAUUUGGUCAUUUAGGUUUGGCUAUUAACUUAAUGAGUUGGAAUGACCGUUAUAAUUUGUACAAAAUCGAGCAAGAAUUGGGUACAGAAAUCAAACCAAUCCCAGCUACUAUUGACAAAUCCUUGUAUGUUGCUGAAAACGAAGCAGCGGUUCCAAGACCUUUCAAAAUUGACCAGUUACCUAAGGGUAAUGAGACCGUUCACAAGAAGAGUGGUUAUGAAUAUAAGGGCCAACCUGAAGUGAGCUCUAAUGUUGCCGGUAUGCCUCAACAGGUACCUAAUGGUCCGGUCCCACCCCAACAGGUGAAUCCAAGCCAAGGUAACCAGAUGCCACCACAACAAUACCCUGGAUAUCCUCCUCAAUACCAACAGCAAAUGCCUCCCCAAUUUAACGGAUAUCCACCUCAACAACAAUAUGCCAGCCCACAAUACCAACAACCGCAACCUCAAUCUCAACAGCAACAAUUCCAAUAG